AUGUCAUAUUCAUAAGUACAUUUUAGUGACAUGCAAUCAACGUUCAUUAGUAACUAUAUGGAGAUGGAAGAGCCAGUUUAGGAGAAAGAAUAGUAACUAAAUUGGUGUCAACGUACAUUCGGUCCUCUGAAAAAAGGUGGAAUAAGAAUGAGUAUUAUCAGUUUGCUUGCUCCAUGUUUGGGUGUUGGAAUGCUAGGGUUGCCAUGUAUAAAUAUUGAGUUGUAUUUAAGAUAGAGCAAAAGAAUAAGGACUUAUAAUCGAAUUGUUGUUGAUUGCACUUUGUGGAAUAAUCUCAUGUAUAUCGAUGCACAUUUUAAGUUGGAGUGCAGGUGAUUUACAAUGUUCAUCUUUUAGUGAACUAAUUCAAAUGAGUUUAGGAAAUAAGAUGAAGAGAUGUUUUGAAAUAUUAACUAUCUGUUAAUGUUUAUUGGGAAUUACAUAAAUCUAGAUCUCUUUUUAAUUAUUUAUAUAUGAAUUAUUUAGAUAUUUUGAGAUAGUAGUUGAUUAAAGAGAAUUGGCAAUAAUAGUAUAAUUAAUAUUCAUAAUACCUAACCUAUUGAUUUCUUUUUAAAAGACUUUGUACAAAUUAAGAUAUUUUUCAUUAGUUGGUGUAAUAUCUGUAAUAUACAUAACUUCUCUUACAUCACUUGAUUAUUUUGUAAGAGGUUCAUAUAAAGAUGAUAUUAAAAUCAAAUUGAUAGAUGUAGAUUUCAAUAUUUUUACUACUUUUGCUAUGACAUUUUUCUGUUAUUUAUGUCAUUUAUUUAUAUUUCCAAUUAGAAAGGAAUUACAUAAUCCAACUAUUACACGUUAAUCUAAAAUAUGGAAAAGAUAAUGCUUAAUUUGUUAUAUAGUUUAUUCAUUAAUUUGUAUUAGUGGAUAUUUAAGAUUUGGAGAUGAUACCAAAAAUUGGGUUAUUAAUAAUUAUCAUGGAGAUUUCUUUUUUAUAGGUAAAUUAGGUAUGUCUUGUGCUUUAUUCUUUGCUGUUCCUUUGAAUAUAUUAGCUUGUAGAUAAAUUAUUCAUGAUAUGUUAUUAUCUGAUGAGAUGGAAUAUUAAUUAAAACAUAGAAAUUUAAGAAUUUAGGCUUAGGAUGGAAAGAUAACUUUUGAAGUAGAUAGUGUUGAUUCUUUUAGAUCAAAGAUUCACAUUUAUUCAACUUUAAUACUCCAAUUUGGAAGUGCAAUAUUAGCAUUAAUUAUACCUAAUAUAAAGUAAUUUUUCUUAUUUCUAUUCUAAGUCGCUAUGUUACUUUAAUAGGAGGACUUUUAGGUACAACAAUGGUUUGUCUAAUUCCUGUUUUAAUCUAUAUAAGGGAAUAUAGAGAUAAAUUGAAUUAUUUCAUAGUUAUUUUAGAAAUUACAGGAGUUGUAUUUGGUUGGAUUGGAGCUGUUUAUGCUUAAUUUUGA